AUGCUGAACCAAUCCAAACGUAACUCGUAUGCCCAUGGAGUCUUGAACAGUCAUUUCAAGGCCAGAAAGACGUUUUCAAGUGCCGCCAUCAGGGAUAUAAUCUAUUUUGCUGGAAAACACAGAUUCUCGAAAACCGCUGGAGAUGAGAUCUUCGACCUUAUAUCCAAAAAUUGUGCCAGUCAAGUUGGAUUCCAUGGAGAAGAUUUUCUCGAAAAGUUGAGAAAAGUUUUGGUGGAAAACUCCCGUGUCGCCUACUUCGAACUCGAGAACAGAGUGUUCAAGGACCAGUACACGGAAAUGGACCACAUCGGACACUGCAUCACCGGCGAUAUGGGAUGA